GGAAGCUGAAUGAAGAGCAGGAUUCCAUCGAAAGGCUACAGAUUGGAUUUCUAACCAGCGUCUUGCCCUGGGGGAAAGACAAGCUGAUGUGAGAGAGGAGAGAUGUGUGGUACAGGGAGGUGCUGCCUGCCCCAUCUCCUGGUUCUUCUCAUGUUCAUGUUCAGCGGGGAGAGAACUGAGGCACAAAGAGCAGGUUGCAAGAAUGUUCACUAUGACCUUGUCUUCGUCUUGGAUGCCUCCUCCAGCGUUGGAAAAGAAGAUUUUGAGAAAGUUCGCCAGUGGGUGUCUAAUUUGGUGGAAACUUUUGAGAUUGGCCCAGACAAAACCCGUGUAGGUGUGGUGAGAUACAGUGAUCGUCCAACCACAGAGUUUGACCUGGGAAGGUACAAAACCCGUGAGGAAAUCAAAGAGGCUGCAUGGAAAAUUAAGUAUGAUGGGGGAAAUACAAACACUGGAGAUGCUCUCAGGUACAUCAACACCUACAGUUUUUCCAGAGAAGCUGGUGGAAGACUUAGUGACCGAACUGUUAAGAAAGUGGCUAUCCUUUUGACUGAUGGAAGGAGCCAGGAUUAUGUCUUGGAUCCAGCCACUGCAGCCCGUCAGGCUGGGAUUAGGAUCUUUGUUGUGGGUGUUGGUGAGGCCUUGAAAGAGGAACUCGAUGAGAUUGCUUCAGAACCCAAGUCUGCUCACGUGUUUCAUGUCUCCGAUUACAACGCCAUCGAUAAAAUUCGGGGGAAGCUGAGAAGACGUCUCUGUGAAAAUGUUCUCUGUCCAAAUGUCCACGUGGAAGGAGAUCGGUUCAGACACACCAAUGGAGGGACUGAUGAGAUUCCAGGAUUUGACCUGAUGGAUUCAUUCAGCGUGAAACAGAUUUUUGGAAUGAAAGAAAAUGGAAUUCAGAGUGCUUAUGUACGACUUGGAAGCUUCCCUGUUGUUCAGAAAACUGAGGAUGUAUUUCCACAGGGUCUCCCUGAUGAAUAUGCCUUUGUAACUACCUUCAAAUUCCGGAAAGCUUCCAGGAAAGAAGACUGGUAUAUUUGGCAGAUUAUUGACAAGUAUGGCAUACCACAGGUCUCCAUCCGACUGGAUGGAGAGAACAAAGCUGUGGAGUACAAUGCCAUCGGGCUCACCAAGGACGCCGUCAGGGUGGUCUUCCGAAGCGCACGGGUCGGUGAUCUUUUUGACCGCAACUGGCACAAAAUUGCCCUCAGCAUUCAGUCCAAGGCUGUCUCGCUGUACAUAGACUGCAGACUGGUGCAGGUGCUGCCCAUUGAAGAGAGGGAAAAUAUUGACAUUCAGGGGAAGACUGUGAUUGGCAAACGCUUGUACGAUAGUGUCCCCAUUGAUUUUGAUCUUCAACGGAUGGUUAUUUACUGUGAUUCUAGGCAUGCUGAGCUGGAGACUUGCUGUGACAUUCCCUCUGGACCAUGCCAGGUCACGGUCCUGACGGAAGCCCCUCCCCUGGAAGUGAGGCCCACUGUUGGCAGCGAACAAGUUGGACACCUCAAGUUUUUCAAUUGCUCCUGUCCUGCUGGACAAAAGGGGGAGAGAGGUCCAAUUGGCCCUGGAGGUCCUAAAGGUCAAAAGGGAGAAAGUGGCAGCCAAGGGCUUCCUGGACUCAGAGGAGAAAAAGGAGAGUCAGGCAGAGCCUAUGGCAGAGGAGAAAAAGGAGAAAAGGGUGAAGAAGGUCUCCCUGGCUUUCCUGGACUGAAAGGGGACAAAGGAGAAAAAGGGUCUCUGGGCUCACCUGGCCCCCCAGGGAAGGAUGGUGCAAAAGGAGAAGCUGGUGAACCAGGACGACCAGGAGCAUUUGGACUGCCUGGGCCAGCAGGUCCAAAGGGAUCCGAGGGAAAACAGGGUCCUCCAGGAAUCAAGGGCUACGUAGGCGCACCGGGUCUGCAAGGAGAAAGAGGAGAAAAGGGAACACGAGGAGACAAGGGAGAACGAGGCCUAGAUGGGUUCCCUGGAAAGCCAGGUGUGGAGGGGAAGCAGGGCCCUGCUGGUAGCCCGGGCCCUCCAGGUGCCAGUGGGAUGAAAGGACAAAAGGGUGAACCAGGACUUCCAGGAUUGCCUGGCUCUUUAGUGCAUACUGAGGGCCUAAAAGGAGAGCAAGGAGAGCCUGGGCCACGAGGACCACAAGGCCAACCUGGACUUCCUGGACCUCCCGGUGAGGCUGGUCCAGAAGGCAAGCCUGGAGUCCCUGGGUUACCAGGUCAAAGGGGUAAAAAGGGAGAACCAGGAUUCCCAGGAAUCAAUGGUCUGAUCGGCCCUCAGGGACCUCCAGGGACCCCAGGCAUUGCUGGACCCCCUGGACCACCUGGAGCACCAGGGCUUCCAGGAGAAAUUGGAGUUUCUGGUAAAACUGGACCACCGGGACCAGCUGGGUUGCCUGGCAAAGAUGGAUUAAAUGGGCUUCCUGGGCUUCCAGGUCAAAAGGGUGAACGAGGGGAGAAGGGUGAGGAAGGCUUUCCUGGAAAAGCUGGCCCUAAGGGUGAACCAGGGAGCCGUGGCCAACCUGGUGAGCAGGGUGAAGCAGGUCUUCCUGGUCUUCGGGGUUUACCUGGAUUGAGAGGAGAAAAAGGAGACCAGGGAGAAAAAGGAAUAGAUGGUCUCCCAGGACUGAAAGGUGAAAGAGGAGAAAAGGGUGACAUGGGUUCCCCUGGACCACCAGGCUUACCUGGAACAACAGCCUUCUUCACCCCACACCCUAGGAUUCCUGGUGAACCUGGACCAAAAGGAGAGAAAGGAGAUCGAGGAACGAGUGGAGAACCUGGAUUACCUGGGGUCCCAGGUGAACAGGGUGUGCCAGGACCUGCAGGACUACCGGGCACAAAGGGGCAGAAAGGAGCCCGAGGUGAAGCCGGAGCCCCUGGAGAGACAGGUGUGACUGGACCAGCAGGGCCCCCAGGUCCAAGAGGCUUGCCAGGAAAUGUGGGUGUGCCUGGAAACCCUGGAUUACCAGGAAAUGAGGGAGAAAAGGGGGAAAAGGGUGAUCCUGGAAAAGAAGGAAAAGAGGGUUUGCCUGGGCCACGUGGUGAGCCAGGGCCUGCUGGAGAACCAGGUUUGCCUGGUAAGGGUAAAGAUGGAGAAGAGGGGCAAAGAGGCCCACCAGGUUUGCCAGGACCCUUUGGACCUAAGGGUGAGAGGGGAGCUCCUGGACUGCCUGGACAGCCAGGAGACAGAGGCGUGCCAGGAAUCGGGCUGGCUGGACCCCCUGGGCCUGUGGGACCCCCAGGAGACAAAGGAUCAUUGGGUCCCCGUGGUGUACCUGGUAUUCCUGGACCACAGGGACCUCCUGGCCAGGAUGGUCUACCUGGAAAUCCAGGGGAAAGAGGGCCUCCUGGAAAACCAGGCUCCCCACCCCUGCUCUCUCCAGAGGACAUAAAUCUCUUGGUAAAGGACGUGUGCAGUGAAUGCCCUCCUGGCCCACCAGGACUGCCAGGUAUCCCAGGUUUCAAAGGUGAUAAAGGUCUCCGAGGACCACCAGGCAGAGAUGGCCAGGAUGGGAAAAUGGGGAAUGCUGGCCCCAGAGGUCCUGCAGGCCCACCUGGGCUGGAUGGCCCAAAGGGUGCUAAAGGAGACCGUGGUAUGACUGGGGAUGCAGGAGAAAAAGGUGAACAGGGCCAUCCUGGAAUGCCUGGCUUCUCAGGGGCUCCUGGAAACCCUGGUCCACCUGGACCAGAUGGGGCACCGGGACCAAUAGGACCAGCAGGAAACCCAGGAGACGUAGGUAAAGAUGGCCCUCCAGGUCCACAGGGCCCUCCGGGACUGCCUGGAAUUCCAGGCAUUGCUGGGAAUGAUGGCAAAGAUGGCAAGCCCGGAUCUCUUGGGGAACCGGGAAAGCCUGGAGAACCAGGGCUCCCAGGCCAGGAGGGUGCCAGAGGCUUGCCGGGUUUCAAAGGACAGAGAGGAGAUACAGGUCCCCCAGGUCCCCGGGGGGAGCCAGGAGCGACAGGUCCUGCUGGUCGUGAGGGGCCACCAGGGAAAGAUGGUGAUACUGGUCCCAUAGGACCCCAGGGCCCUCGAGGACUCAGAGGGCAGCCGGGCAAGAAUGGAUCACCUGGAUCUGCAGGAGAACCUGGCCCACCAGGUAACCCAGGUCCUAAAGGAAAUAAAGGAGAAAGUGGCAGCCCAGGUCUCCCUGGCUUCAUAGGACCCAGAGGACCACCUGGAGAACCAGGAGAGAAAGGGCCUCCUGGAAAAGAGGGUGCACCAGGGAAACCAGGCGAAAUUGGUUCCAAAGGAGAGAGGGGAGAGCGUGGCAUCAAAGGUGAAAAAGGCCCUCAAGGAGAAAAGGGUCCUCCAGGUGAUCCUGGGAUACCUGGUCAUAAAGGCCAUCCAGGACUGAUGGGUCCCCAUGGACCCCCAGGAGACAGUGGGCAAGUUGGACCUCCUGGUCCCCCAGGACAGCCGGGAUUUCCAGGACCAAGGGGGGAACCCCCAUCCCUAGAGACUUUGAGAAGACUCAUCCAAGAGGAGUUAGCCAAGCAGUUAGAUGCAAAGUUAGACUAUCUCCUGGCUCAGAUACAGCCUGCACAUGUAAAAGCAUCCCAUGGCAGACCAGGACCUCCUGGUCCCCCUGGGAAGGAAGGACUCCCAGGAAGAACUGGCCCCCCAGGAGAGCCUGGCCGGCCUGGACAAAUUGGGUCUGAAGGGCCACCUGGACCGAUUGGUCCCAAAGGAGAAAGAGGAGCAAAGGGUGAGAAAGGAGACACAGGCAUUGGCCAGCGAGGGGAAAUAGGUCCUCCAGGAAUUCCAGGCCUCCCAGGGGAGCCUGGCUAUGCCAAAGAUGGGAUGCCAGGACCACCUGGCCCUCAAGGUGAAGCUGGGGUGCCUGGUCUCAUGGGUCCACAGGGACCUCCAGGAGCCAGUGGUCGAUGUGAUCCUGCUCAGUGUGCUUACUAUGCAAGCCUGGCUGCCAGACCUGCCAAUGUCAAAGGGCCCUAGCAUGCAGGGAGUAUCCCCAGACUUGUUUUUAAAACUUGAAUCCACCAUGCCUGCAAAGGGCUCUCAGAUGUCUUCAACUGUGUUUCUUUUGUGGGAGGUCUUCUAAAGCCAACAAAUGCUGCCGGUCGGUCAGAUUAUUUUUAUGAGUUAUAAUUAUUAUUAUUAUUAUCUUUGAUGUGAUAUGUGAAUUUGUUUUUGUUUUCUCUAACAUCAGGGCAUAUUAAAACAUUAAAAAUAAGGGGGUUUAUCUCUUUUGAAGAGCAUAUGAUAUCAAUGCAUUGUGUAGCUGUUCAUACAAAACCAUUCCGAUGCCAAAAUUUGUGUCUGUUACUUGGUUAAUUCUUUCCAAAGCCUUCUCCUUCACCCUUGAGGUUGAAAUCAAAUCCUGCACUGUGCAGCCGGGGGCAUUACCUGUGAAACACAGGCUGAUUGCAGGAUUGUUGGUGCUAUCUGCCAUCCACUUGGAGAGAAGAAAGGCAAAGCCACGCCAAAGGUGGGGAAGAGGUCUCCAGUACAUUCAACUCACAUUGGACAGACAGUUAUGAACAUCCAGUGUGUGUUUCCCAGAAGAUCCCUGCUAAAUUUAAUGUUUUUAUAAGUGAAUCUGUAUGCUAUAUGAAAUACUUUUUAUGGGACCACGUGGGAUCUCACAGUAACACCUGAAGAGACUGCAGAGAUGAUCUAAACCUCCUUAUUGCUCCCUGUGCAAGAGCUUCAGUGUGGGAUUAGUCCCACCAGAUGGAGCUUAUCUUCCUUCUGUCAGAGAGAUGCCUCUGCAAAAAGACAUACUGUCCUCUGCUAGCUCAGGGCUGCCAAAUCCCCUUUUCAUUGUCAGUGCACACACAGCUCCCUGCUACUGUUUCACCCCAAAAUCUCAGGGAGCCAAAUAAGACCCAACUUCACUGUUUUGGAUGGUCCCCUAUGACUAUAACUUGGCAAGGUCAUGUUUUAGAGGGUAGCUGAGAAGUUGCAGGCUGGUCUAGGAGGAGGUUAGUCUCUGAUAAAGGGUCAGAGCAAAGAGAUGUUCAGAAACCUGUAGGAAAUUGUGUGUGAUGGUGAAAGCAAAAAGGCAGACACUGUCCCUUUUUCUCUACCAGAUAAUUGCAAAAAUCAACCAGAGAAUGCAAAGAGAAAGAUGGGGUGGAGUCUGAAAAGAGCUUCACAAUAGGUAAUUUGUAAGUUUAACCCUCUGACCAAGACAAUCCCAGUCACUAAGGUGCAGGUCUGAGAGGUGGUAAGGCCUUGGACCUGUGUGCCAUUCAACAAAGCUGCUGCAUUUUCAAAACUCCUCUGCACAAAGCAGUUCGUAUCGAGAAGUCGGAGCAUUGAACCUGACACAGGCUCUAAGUGCUGAAUGGGUUUGGAGAUCUCAUCAGGUCUUUUGGAGAUGGAAAUGAGACACUCUGCCCUGCUGGCAUGUCAACCACAUUGCAUGGUGCUUCCAAGCUGCUUAAGCUAAGCAGAUGUCACAGGUGUCUGCAACCACUCCAGGAUCAGACCCUGAGGCUAAAGCCCAGACGUAACCAUUUGCCAGCCGUGGAGCCUUUUUCAACCAGUAAUGGAUAAAAUUUGCCUCUGCUUUACUGAAAAAUGAAAUUAAAUAACAUGUUCACAUGCCAGGGUUAAACGAAGUCUUUACUGUGUAUCUCUCAGU